AUGUCGUCUUUUAUUAUUCCAACGACUGUUCAAACUGCAACUUCAGGAACUUAUGUACCUACUAUUUUAAAAAGAGUUGAAUAUGGUAUUGGUUCCCUUGCUAAACUAGCUGAUAUACUUCGUGAUCUUUCUAUCAGUAAACCACUUAUUAUAACUGGAAAUUCAUUAGCAACGAAAACAGAUGUGAUAGAACAAGUAAAAAAAGCUGCUAAUUGUCAAAUAAGUGGUGUUUUUAGUUCUAUUAAACAACAUGCUCCUGUUGAAGAUAUUAAAAAAUGUGUAAAUGAACUAAAAGAAAGUAAAUGUGAUGGAAUUAUAGGUGUUGGCGGUGGAUCACCUAUUGAUGCAGCCAAGAUAGUAAUAAGUUUUUAUAAAGAAGAAACAGGUAUAUUGCUCAAAUUAAUUAGUAUUCCAACAACAUUAUCAGCAGCAGAAUUAACUAUUCUUGCUGGUUAUACUAAUGAAGAAGGAAAAAAAGUUGGAAAAAAGGCUAGUGAGAUUGGUUCAUCUGCUCUAAUACUUGAUGCUAAUUUGUCACUUAGUACACCAAAUCGUUUAUGGCUUUCAACUGGUAUACGAGCUUUAGAUCAUUGUGUUGAACAACAAUAUCGUCCUAAUGCUCCACUUCCUGUUCGAGUAUUAGCUAGAGAAGGUGCAGGUUCAUUAUUCGAAUCAUUACGAGCAUGUCAUAGAAAUCCAAAGGAUGUUGAAGCACGACAACGAGCACUUAUUGGUGCUUGGUUAAGUCUUUGGUCUGAUGAUCUUAUUGGUCCUAUAGGACCCUCACAUGCAGUUGGCUAUCAACUUGGAGCACCUUAUUCCAUUCCACAUGGUAUCUGUUCAUGUUUAACUCUUGCUCGUACUGUAGAAAUUCAAGCUAAACAUCUACCUGAUAAUGAAGUUAAACAACUUGCUUCACUUUUACCAUUCAUUACAACUACUACAACUCAAUCUUCUAAUGAUUCACGUGAACAAGCAAUGAAAGUAGCUGAAGCUAUUGAUAAACUCAUUGCAGAUCUCGAUUUAACAAGUACAUUACGAGAAUAUAAAGUACCACAAUCAGAUUUUCAAGGUAUUGCUGAACGAGCUCUUCCUGAUGGAAAAGCAGAUUCAAGAUAUGAUGCUUUCGUUAAACUUCUUCAUACUAUUUAUUGA